AUGUUCCAAUCAUUCACCGGCAGCUCUCGUCGCCCGCGACAGGUGAAUCUCAGUGGCCGUGCCAAUAAUCCCUUUGCUGCAUUCCCCGGAAACUCCCCUACUCGAUCUACCCCUCAUGCUGCAAACCCAGAGACUGCAGUCGCAAUCGCCCAGCGCGAACGACUCCUGAGACAGCAGGAGAGAGACCGACAGUCGGCAUCCCGCGUCAUCCAGCGAGUCUGGCGGGGACACCGGAGCAGAACAGCAACAUACAAAGCGUGGAGGUCAAAAUGGGAUACAUUUGAAUGGGAGAGGGUCAAGCAUGCUUUAAGUUCUGCCGAUGGCAAUGAUAGAGUUCCAACGACGGAUAUUGAGCGUCUUCAGUAUCUCCUGCGUUGCUCUGCACCAUCUUACGCCAACGCAGAACAGUGUCUGGAUCAACUCAGGCUGUUCGUUCAGUUUGCAGGAUCACCGAGAAGCUUGGAGGACAUCCUCCGCUUGCUGUACUUCUGUGACGUCUUUGAGAAGACCUUCCAUGCACUGCCUACGAUCGCCACGGAAGGUGAAUGGACCGAGCUCUUGAAACGGUUGGCAAUCGCGGUUCUGUAUUCUCUCGGCUCGGCAACAAAUAGUCCGACUCAUGGAGAAGCGGUGUUACCUCUCCUCCGGAUGGUGAUUUUCCUGGUGGAUCUGAUUCCAAAGAAGAUGGCAAUGAUUGCCAACGCCUAUUACCGUGCCAUGGCACACCUGACAAAGAACCUUGUGUCUCUGGGUGAUAAUUUGGCACCAGAGCAUGUUGUGAAUGCGACCAUUGCUCUUUUACGGCCAAUUACAUCUGAAACGAUGGCAGCUUAUGAAGCCUUUGCCAUUUCAUAUCUGACUGUCCCGGGCUUAGCGGCCUAUCUUGGCGGACUGGAUGGACUGGCACACCAGGUAAACUACAAGGUACUGGCUUCGGCAGUUGGGUCAUGUAUGCACCCAGCAAAACCAAGUUCUCGUGAGCUCCAAAACGUCAAGGAUCGAAGUUGGCUACUUGCAUACCUGAUCUACUUCCACCGAUAUGCUUUUGGUGGCCAAGCUAACAUCGGCGCCCCUGAUCUUGGUUUCUUGGGUGUAGUGUCUGAGUUGCUCAACUCAACAGCUACGUAUCUCACAAGGUGCUUGGAGACGGAAGAAUCUAACGAAACCGACUCAUCCAACGGCCCUUCUUUGCCCCCAUUUGUCAAGGAACAAGUUACCAGCCUUGUCAAUCAAAAUAGCAUCACCGGAUUGCUUUCACGGAUUAGACCAUCCCACCUGACCCAGACAGAUUUCUCCGACAAUCAGUCUGACUCCUCAAAGGAAGCCAAGAUUCUUGCCACAUAUGCCUUGAAUCUGUUGAGGGUAUUCCCUCGACGCGGAGAUGAUAUUCGUAUGUGGUUGUACUUGGGUUCGGCACCUUCGAGUGACCAGGCGUCCGGCCAACCAGGUGCGAAGAUUCCAGCCAUCAAGUACUUCUGGCAGGCGGCUAGAUCCAGUCGGGUCUUUGACAUUAUUACAAUCGAACCAGCCAAAGUGCUUUCGCUAUUAGAACUUCCGAAACCAGGUUCGAAUAUCGCAAUCUCACAGGAGGAUCGAGACCAGGAGUGGACAAUCAUCCUACUCUUCUUUGAGCUCUACACAUUCCUUUUGAAAGUCAUGGAUGACGAAGAGUUCUUUUCGAGUGCAUCUCCGUUUACAACCUCCUCUAAUACCAAAUCCUCAUGGACAAAGGAAAGCGCCCUGCCUCUCGAAGACGUCAAAGCGAUGACAAUCUUCCUCAAGAAUCUUGCCUUUACCCUUUAUUGGAACUUUGCCGCCUUGAGUGAGAAGGGGCCUGUUCCAUCAUCCACCGGUGACCUUAAGAGCUAUUUCAACACCGCAAGUCAAGUUCCAGAGCAAAUGGAACGAUUCAAUGAAUCCCAAACCAAAGAACAACCUAAUGAUCUACCCGGCGUCACGGGUAUACCUUUGGACUAUUUCAAAGGAUUAGUCACAGGGUUGCUGAGAAUGCUACAUGAGCGAGAUUCGCGGAGAAAGUUCCUUCCCAAAGACCAUUGGCUUAUGACCGACCGCUUCGACAUGGAAGGGUUCAUUCCAGCUGUCGUUGGAGAAGAAGAGAAACGCCACCAGUUCCAGGAUGAUGAAGAGGAUGAGCCCGAUCUUCUAGAUGACGAUACUGUGGAGCCUUUGGGCAUUGCCGGCUCUAACCAUGCACUACGAACAAUCCGCAUCGAAAACCUACGACGUCGUCAACGACAAGCCGCUCGCGGAAAGGCCCUUGCUGCUAUUGCGCCCAGACUGGAGAUUCUUCGCAAUAUGCCCUUCUUCAUCCCAUUCGCUACCAGAGUCCAAAUUUUCCGCCAGUUCAUCUUCAGAGACCAGCAGCGUCGCCGCAAUGGAUUCGUUGAUCCUGAGACUUGGCGUCUCUCUGUAGCUCAGCAAUCAAUGAUGAACAGUCAAUUUAACGCCCCAGAUGUGCUGGCCCGGCAUCAUGCUGACAUCAGACGUGAGAGUGUUUUUGAAGAUGCGUUUUCUGAGUUUUACGGGCUAGGUGACGGUCUUAAGGAGCCUAUCCAAAUCAGUUUCAUUGACCAAUUCGGAUCAAAGGAGGCUGGUAUUGAUGGAGGUGGUGUGACAAAAGAGUUCCUGACGAGUGUCACUACUGAGGCUUUUAAGACUAAUGGCGACGAGAGCAUGUUUGCGGAAAAUGACCAGCAUCUGCUGUACCCAAACCCAGCAGCGGUCGACCAACUUAAGGAAGUACUUAGUGAUGCUGGUCUUUCAAAGACAAGUGUUGAGUGGCAGGACGAAGUGCGUGGUCUCUUGCGACGCUACGAAUUCCUAGGACGGGUCAUUGGAAAAUGUCUCUACGAAGGCAUUCUGGUGGAUGUCAACUUCGCCCCCUUCUUCCUCUUGAAGUGGGCACUCACAGGUGGUACUGGGUCUGCAGUUAAGGAGUCUUCCUAUCGUGCCAACCUGAAUGAUUUGAAGGACCUUGACGAAGGAUUGUAUCAGGGUCUGCUACAACUGAAGAAUUACCCCGGAGAUGUAGAAGACUUUGCUCUCGACUUCACCGUUAACAACACCAUCCCGAUGCCGAACGGCACAAACCGCACCACUACGACCGAAUUGAAGCCGCAGGGCUCACAUAUUGCCGUGAGCAACAAGAACAGACUGGUCUACAUCUCUUACAUGGCUCGUUAUCGCUUGCAGGUGCAGCCCGCGAUGCAGACCAAUGCAUUCUUGCAAGGUCUCGGCCAGAUGAUCCAACCGGCCUGGCUGUCCAUGUUCAAUCAGUCCGAGUUGCAAACACUGGUGAGCGGAGAGAACGCCGAUAUCGACGUGGAGGAUCUCCGCCGAAACACCAAGUACGGCGGUGUGUACGAAAUUGGCGAUGACAACCUAGAGCACCCGACCAUCCAACUGUUCUGGCAGGUGCUGCACGAAAUGACCAACGCGGAGCGACAGAAAGUUAUCCGUUUCGUCACGUCUACCCCCCGAGCACCACUGCUAGGAUUCAGUCACCUCAAUCCUCACUUCAGUAUCCGAGACUCGAGUGAUGAUGAAGAGAGACUACCGAGUACCAGUACUUGCGUCAAUCUUCUGAAGUUGCCGCGGUACUCGGAUGCUCGAACGCUAAGGACAAAGCUUUUGUAUGCCGUGAGUUCGGGAGCAGGAUUUGAUUUGAGUUGA